CUGUUGUUUGGUGCCGAAUGUGCGGAUUCGACUCGCCACACUCUCACCCGGCACCAUGGCUGCAACUAAAGCCUCCAAAGAGCAGAAAUAUGAUCGGCAGCUUAGGCUGUGGGGUGAUCAUGGCCAGGAAGCGUUGGAAAAUGCCCAUGUCUGUUUAAUAAACGCCACAGCGACUGGGACAGAAAUCCUCAAGAAUCUUGUUCUUCCAGGUAUUGGAGCGUUUACCAUUGUAGAUGGGCACACAGUGACAGGCGAAGACGUUGGAAACAAUUUUUUCCUAACCCAAGAUAGUAUUGGAAAGAACAGAGGACAGGCAGCUACUGAGCUUCUCCAAGAACUGAACAGUGAUGUGUCUGGGAAUUUUGUGGAGGAGAUGCCAGACAAACUGUUGGACAGUGAUGCUGAGUUUUUCCACAGGUUUUCUGUAGUCAUCGGGGUCCAGUUACCAGAAAGCACCUGCUUAAGACUCGGCUCAGUUCUUUGGAGCGCCUCAGUCCCCUUUCUGGUUUGUAAAACAUAUGGCCUUAUUGGCUACAUGAGGCUGGUGGUGCAGGAACACACAGUAAUUGAAUCACACCCUGAUAACGCUUUGGAAGACUUGAGGUUGGAUCAGCCAUUUUCAGAGUUGAGACACCACAUUCAGUCCUACAAUCUUGACAGCAUGAAUAAAAAGGACCAUAGUCACACUCCAUGGAUCAUCAUUUUUGCCAAAUAUCUUGACAAGUGGCUUAAUGAGCUCAAACAACAACCUCCAAAGAAUUACAGAGAGAAAGAAGCCUUCAGAAAUUUCAUCCGGGAGGGGAUCCUUAAAAAUGAGAACGGUGCUCCAGAGGAUGAAGAGAACUUUGAGGAAGCUAUUAAGAAUGUGAAUACUGCAGUAAAUCCAAAUAAGAUCCCAGGUGCUGUGGCCGACCUUUUCAAUCACGAGCAGUGCAACCACAUUACGUGCGAGACUUCGUCCUUCUGGGUGAUGUUGCGAGCUGUCAAAGAGUUUGUGAGCAAUGAAGGAAGUGGCUGCCUGCCUGUGCGGGGAACUAUUCCGGACAUGAUCGCAGACUCUCAGAAGUUUGUCAGCCUCCAGAAUGUUUACCGAACAAAAUCCAUGGAGGAUGUUGCAGCUGUUUGUAAACACGUAGAAAGUCUGUUGCAGUCUGUGGGAAAGUCAGCAGACAGCAUCCCUGAGAACGACAUCAAGGUGUUCUGCAAGAAUGCUGCAUUUCUGAGGGUGGUGCGCUGCAGGUCUCUGGCCGAAGAGUACAGUGUAGACACGGUGAAUAGAGACGAGAUCACCUCAUGCAUGGACAACCCAGACAGCGAGAUGGUCUUCUACCUGAUGCUUCGUGCUGUUGAUCGUUUCUAUCAGCAGCACUCCCGCUGUCCAGGAGUUUAUAACUACCAGGUAGAAGAUGACAUCAGCAAGCUGAAGGUCUGCGUCACCAGUCUGCUGCAGGAGUUCAACCUCAACGUCAACAUCAAAGAUGAUUACAUCCACGAGUUCUGUCGAUGCGGAGCCGCAGAGCCGCACACUGUCGCUGCCUUUUUGGGAGGUUCAGCUGCACAAGAAGCCAUCAAGAUCAUCAGUCACCAGUUUGUGCCCUUCAACAACACGUUCAUUUACAACGCAAUGUCUCAGACUUCUGCCACAUUUCAGUUGUGAACACUUUUGUCUACCAUUUCUAUUGCGCAUGGUAACAUCGGUAGUGCUUUUGUACACUCGACCUAGGUGUAGAUGAGGGUUUCAUUAUUUUUCACACAAUAUCUGGUGGAAUUAACGUGUUUAUACUUAGUACUUUAUUUGUUGGCGUUUUCACCCUACAUCUUUCACCUCUACACUCAUUUGUAAUCAGCACAUGUCAAAGAAGAUUUUGAAAUCUAUCCUUUGGGAAUGAAAUCACCUACAUUGUUAAUAAACAGUCGUCUUUUGUGUUGUGGAGGAUCAAUGUAGCCAUUAAAAAUGAUAAAUAAUAUCAUCGAAUGCAUCUCCCCUUUGUCAACAGUAGAGGGCACUGUUGUAUUCUCUAUACGCAUAACAGCAAUUAAGGGGAAUAUCCGGCUUGAAAUUUCGUCUGGAUUUUAAUGCAGAAAAAACGCAAUAAUUGUUUUUCUCUUAUUUUAGCAGAGCUCUGUGUAAAGUUCGUUUUUGCUCAAACAGUAUGUUAAAGUAACAGCAGCGCGGACAACGUUUAGCCAGGCCACUGAUGGAGGUGGACCACUUGUGAUUCGUUUUCCUGACGCUUGGUGAUUGGAAAUUUGCAGUCAGCAUAUCUGUUGAUUUGAACUCCAGCAGUGUGAUUAUCUAAAGACGCACAGGCAAUACUGACUGGCCACAGUCCAGAAAAGAGUGCAGUAACGCUGCCAAGAUUGUGUCUGUGCAUUUCCUAUUUUGGAAUCUGGUCAAAGACUUUGGAGCAAAGACAUCUGAACACCUUCCUUGGACUGUGUUGUCAGAACAGGUGUAGACUGGUUUGGUUUGUGAAAUACGGUGGAUUCCUGUCUUUUUGUUUAUUAUUGUUAUUAUUGUUUUUUGGUCUUUUGAUAACAGGUUUUAUGAUAUGCGUAUGUAAUAACGGGUCAGAGGAUACAGCAAGAAGCUCAAGUGAAUGAUGUCAUCCGUGCCAGUGCAGGUGGCUGGUCUUUCCAAGUGCAGACUUAAAAAAAAACAGGGUGAUUAUAAAUGGGUUUCAGUUUGGUUCAGAGUCCUGGUUAAGGUUAGCCAUUUGUUUUGCAUGGUACAGUGUAGGGUGAGAGGCUGGGGAAACUUUAUGUCAAUGAGAAACUUCACAAUGUCCACACAAGGAUAGAAAAACGUGUGUGUACAUGUAUCAAUAUUCAUGUGUGGAUCUUCUGCUUUGUGAGGACAUUUUGGCCGGUCCACAUAGAGUUUUGAGGGUGAAAACGUCAAAAUAACAGGGUCAUUAUAAUUGGGUUUAAUUUUGGUUCAGAGUCCUGUUUCAGGUUAGCCAUUUGUUUUGGAUGGUUAAGUUAAGGGUGAGAUGCUGGGGAAAGCACUAUGGCAAUGAGAGGUUCUCAUAAGGACAGAGAUACAAGUAAGUGUGUGUGUGUUAUAUGAAUCAAUAAAUUUGAUACAAUUUUUUAA